AUGUCAUAAAUCUCUAACGUUUCUAAUCAUCAAUUUUAUACUCCUGAUACUUCCAAACAUUAAGAUUAAUUCAAAAGUGCUGAAGAUAGGAAAACCACUCCUUUUGAUGAAAAUAGUAUUACCCCUAGAAGCGACGUAUAUUCAAACACUUUUAAAUAAUUCUAAUAAGAAAAUAUUAAUGAUUCCAAGGAUCAAAUACCAAUUAGCAAUAAUGAAUUUGUUUCUCAAUGGGGAAAUAUACAAUAGAAGGAAAAUUCCUCUUAAGCUUCAAAAGUCUGUGAUAUCGAUGACUUUCCUGAUUAAAAUGAAAACUCCCCUUCCAAUAGUGAUGAAGCUGGAAUAGAUUCCUAAAGAGAAUAAGAAAAAUAUUUUGGACAAGCUGAAUAACCAGAAAGAAAAUAAUCAAGAGAUAUGGCUGAUUUAGAAGAUUUGGUGAAUGUUAACAAUUCUCAAAAUGCUUCUUCCUCCAGUAACUAAUUCUAGAUUAUGGACCCAUCUGAAAGAAUCAAAUACUAAAACAUUGAUUAAUUACCUUUAAAUCAAUUGGAGAGAAAUAUGUUAAUAAAAGCAAAAGACAUUUAACCUGUAAAUCAGAACUACCCCUUUUUGAAUGACCAGUCUCCCUCUACAGGAAAAAUAUCUGGAAUGGCUUUCACAUUCAACUUUCCGAAUCAAUUCUAAAAUGAAGGAAUUUAAAAUAUUUUCAAUUAGCCUUCCUCACUUCCAAUAAGUCAAGAGCUUCCCAUUCCCAACGCAGUCCAAAACCAAAUUGCAAAUCAAUUUUACCCAGGAACAACUUUAAAUAACUAAAUAAAUCAGUCUAUAUCAUCAAAAGGCUCCUCUUAAAUUCAUAAUUUAGAAGAUCUAACAAAUUUUAAAAAUCAAUCUUAACCCUUAUAGUUAGACAACAGUUAAAAUUUAAAUUUCCAUAAAAUUAAUUCUAUUCCAGUUCAAUAAAAUAUAUUUGAAUAACCUUAAGCUCUACCAAUUGACAAGUUUCCUAUUGGUGAUAUGCCUAUGUCUUCUGAUUCCUCUUAAAAUAGAAUAUAAUAAUCAAUAUUUCAACCAGAACUUUAAGUGAACCCUGUUAUUGUAACAUAAUAAUAAGAGUAAGUAUAAGUAUAGUAACCUUCUAACAUUUUUCCUAUCUAAUCCUUGGAGGUUAUUUAAAAAAACGUAGAUUUUAAUUUUAGUUAAGAUUUCGAAAAAUAAUUCUAAUAGGAUAUAAAUCCUAAGUUUGAAAUUCAUGGAAACGAUUCAGAAUUAAUCUGGGAGCAAGAUAACAAUUUUAAAAUCGUUGAUUAAUUUCCAAACCAAACAACUGGAAAUAUAUUUCAAGAAAGCUAAUAAGACAAUUAACUGUAAGAUUUUAUGAAAGAGUUUGAGCCGAAACCAGAAAUACUGAAAAAAAAUGAAAAGAAUAAAAUAGAAAGUCCUUAAGAAAGUCCCAAAGACUAAGAAUUUCAAUUACAGAAACAAACCUACCAAUAAAUUAACUUUUUAUAAUAACAUUCCUAAUAAUAAUCAUAAAGAUCAAUAAAUUAAGAUAAUUUCUUUUAAUAAUAUAAAGAAGUUCAGCCAAACUUUCCUGCACAAGUUAAUACUUCAGAACUCCAGUAAUCGUCAAGGGAAUAAACUCCUAAAAAUUAGCCUACUUAAACUUAAGUGCAAAACUAAAAUAAUUCAAUAUCAUCGCAUAAAUCUAAUUCAACUCAAAAUAAAAAUAAUGAUGUUUAACCAUCCUAAUAAUUUUAUCAAAAAAAAUUGUAUGACGAUUGGUUUAAAAAAGAAGAUAGUAGCAGAAGAAUGAGUUUAAACUCCAAAUCCUCUGCUAAAGAAUCUUAACAUAAGGUAGAGGAACUUUUUUAAGAUAAUGAUAAUAAUAGUAUUUGGGAGAAACAUUUAGAAAAUCAACAAGUAAUUUAAAAAGAACCCUUAGAUUUUUUUUAACAACUGCAAUAAUAAUCAUAAUCAACAUAAUAACAAUAAUAGUAAUAGUAAUACUAAUACUAAUAAUAUUAAAUCUAGCAAUAACCACAACAAUAAUUUUAAUAACAAUAGUAAAUUGAAUAAGAACAGUUACAAUAAAACUUAUUACUAAUAUAACAAAAACAAUAGCAUAUAUAAUAACAAUAAUAAAAUGAAUAAGAACAGUUACAGUAAAGCAUAUUUAAGUAAUAACAAAAACAACAGCAGAUAUUAUAACAAUAGUAAUAAUAGUAAUAGUAGUAAUAAUAAUAAUAAUAUCUAUAAUAAUAAUAAUAAUAAUAAUAAUAAUAAUAAUAAUAAUAGUAGUAAUAAUAAGAAAAAUACUAGUAAUAAUAAAAGGAACAAUAGGAAUAAUAAUAAUUAUAUUCAUAAAAGUAAUUGUAAGAGAAAUAAGAACAAGAAUAAAAAUAUUUAUAGCAAUAAUAAUAACAAGAGCAAUAAUAAUAAUAAUAGCAAGAGUAAUAGUAAUAAUAAUAAUAAUAAUAAUAAUAAUAAUAAUAACAAUAACAAUAACAAUAACAAUAACAAUAACAAUAACAAUAACAAUAACAAUAAUAAUAACAAUAAAUAGAACAAUCAGAAUAACAAUACUUAUACUCAUAAUAGUAAAACUAAGGGAAGUAAGAAAUUGAAUAGCAAUACUCAUAUUAAUAACAAUAAUUAUUAUAAUCAUAGUAACAAUAAUCACAAAUCUACUAAUAAUAAUAAAAAGAAUAGUAACAAUACUUAUACUCAUAACAGCAACAACUAGAAAAAUAAGAAAAAGAAAAAGAAUAAUAAUUAUUAUAUUAAUAAUCACAAUAAUAGUAAUAGCAAUAAUACGAACAAUAACAAAAACAAUAACAAUAAUAAUAACAAUUGCAAUAACAACAACAAAAAUAAUAAUAGUAACAAUAAUAACAAUUAUAAGAAUAACAAUAAUAAAUAUUAGUCGAGUAGUUCUCUUCUAAUAUAGUUAAAUUGCCUGGUUAAUAAUAAUAAGAACAAUAAAUAACCCCAAGAAAUCAAGGUACGAAUUCAAAUUAAUAAUUAAUUGAGAAUUCUCAAUAAAAUGUAACUCCUAGUCAAUCUCCCCAAUUUUUUUCAAUUAAUAAUUCUUCAAGUUCUGUGAAUGAAAAAAAGAAAAAUAAUCCUUUUACUAAAGAGGAAGCUGAAAUCAUUAUGGAUCCAAAGUGGGAACAGGAUUUGCCUCAAUUUGAUUCAUAAUAAUUUGAAGUAAAACCUGAGCUAAAAAAAACCUUAGAUACAAUUAUCGAAAUCCAAGAGGAAUCUCUAACUUAGAGUUAUGCAGUACAAAACAGAAACUCAGCUUUGUAUUAGGAAAAUACUAUAACAGAGUUUUAAGACAAAUCGAUUGAAGAAUCAAAAGUAAUUCAACCUUUCUUAAAAAUCUAAUCUUAAGAGAUCCUAUCUGCAUAGAAAGGAAUUCGUAGUGUUAGAGAAAGCAAGGAGAGUAAUUAAGAGGCAAUAAAUCCUUAAUAGUUGGUUGAAUAAUUAAUGCCAGGUUUACAUGACGUUAUAAGAAAAUCUUUCUAAUAAAAUAUAGAAAGUUAACUGCAAUAAUUAGCUACUUAAUUUUAACAAAAAUUGUAAGAUGAAGAAUAAGACAACUUUGAUAUUGAUAAAAUUAGUUCAAAAGUGUUUAUGAUUGAGAAUUUGGUUUAAGGAUAUGGCAAAAAGCUAGAUCAAAUAUCAGAAAUGCUAAAUAAAGAGAAAGAAAAUUAAGACUCAUAAAAAAUACAAGAUUAACAUACUCAAAGCAAGGCUGGUUUUCUUUAGGAUUCUUAAUAACCAAUAUAAAAAUAAUAAAAAUAAAUAUGCUCACCAUUUGAAUUAAAUUUAGAAGAUCACUUUGAAGAAUCGCCUAUAUAGAAUUAUUAAAUUUAGAGUUAGAAUAAUUCAAAAGUAAGGGUUGCUUAAUCAAAUCUACUAUACACUUCUCAUUAAAAAGGUUUUAUUCCAUAUUAGACGUUACAUUAGACAUAAUCAAAAUAUAUAAAUGAAAGUCAAAUAAGAGAAGACUUCUAGGAGGAUAAAUUAAGAAUAUUCUAAACAAAUUAUCAAUUUUAAAAGUAGUCACUUAAAGGGUUAUAGGAAUUCGAGAUUCAAAAUUUUAGGAAAUAAUGUUUAUGUGAGUAGACAACACUUCUAGAUACAUAUGAAUUGAUAGUUACUUUAACAUCUGAAAAAUAUGAAAGUGAGGAUCUUUCUGGCUAUAAAAUAAUAAUCUCUUUAAAAAAUAAAGCUCAAUAUGAUAUCCAAAACUUAAUAGUGUUAUUUAAUUCUAAUAAAAGUAUAAUUUAUAUACUACAUUUUAGUAAAGGAUGAAUAUCAAGUAAAACCUGAAAAGAUUAGUUAAUCCUAUUUAAAUCCUGGAGAUAUCAUUAGAUAAGAGAUAACAUUUAAAUAUUAUGACCUUUAGAGCAUGUAUUUAAAUUGCUUCAUUAAAUACACUAUUAAUAAUUUUAAGAUGGGAUACAAUUUUAAUAAAAUAUCUUAAAGUCAAGGACUAUAAGGCACUUAAGAUUAUUCAAAUUUGUAUCUUUCUUAGAUGAAUAGUAGAAAUGUGAUUUAAGAGUAUAUACUAUUAUUAUUAUUAGAGUUGGGUAAUUUAAGAGGAACUUUCAAUUUUGCAUAGCCAGACCUGCAAAUAAGUUCUUUGUUUAUAAUUUUAUUACGAGUGAAGAAAUAAAUGAAUGCGAAAUGAAAUGCAGAAGUGAAUAGUUUUACUUGAGAUCCUUGGAUGAGCUUAUAAUAUUUCAUCCUUGGUUAAUACAGAUAGACUAAUUUACAUUGGGAGGGAAAGUGUUUAUUUAAUUAAAAAACAGUGGCUAUGAAUUUGUGAUAAAAGUAGUUAACAAAAACCAAAAGGGAGUUGUCUUAAUGAAUGGAAUGAACUUGGAUUAGAAAUUAACCGAACAUUUUCUCAGUUUCUUUGCCUUUUUAUUUAGUAAAUUAUAUUGA